AAUGGAACAAGAUUGCGAGCCUACCGACAGCCCAGAAGAAAUAGCGGGAAACGAGUAUGAACAAAACGAUGAUAUAAAUGAGGAGAAGGAAGAAGCAGAUUUUGAGUCAACAGAAGAAAGAAAUGACGAUAUUGUCCAAACGGAAACCGAUAAACGCGGGAAAAAUACUAAAGAAGAAAAUGAAAACAAUUUAUCAUCGAUACAGGAAAAAUACGGUAAUCUGAGACAUAAUUUAGAAGAGGCUGUGUCUACGCUUCGGAACAAAAUGGGCAUCUUACAAAUUGAACACUUCAAAGACUUACCGGCUGAUUUCACCCUAAUCGACGAUGUAAAACGCCUGGAAAAUUUGUGUUCCGAUUUUGUAUGUUCCAUUUCGGAUAUUUUUCCUCUGCUUAAGGAUUCAAGGGAAUGUUUGAUGAACAUCAACAAAACGAUCAAUGACAAAAUUACCAACGAAGGACUAUACUCUUGGUUACGUAAUGACUAUACAAAAACAAGCGAUUUAGAAGAGAUUGCACAAGAAAAGAAAGAACUAUCCGAAGCUGCUCAAGCUAGAUUACAACUUGCAGAGGACAAUGCACAAUUAGCAGCUGCUGGUGCAACCGUAUCCAAAUUUCAAACAGAGUUAACCGAGGCUGAAGAAGCCGCUCAGGAAGCUAUCAAAGAAGCAGAAAAAGCUGCCGAGCAAGCUGAACAAGCACGGAUAGCUGCUGAAGAAAAGAGAAAGGCGGAAGAAGAGGCAAGAAAGAAAGCUGAAGAGGAGCAAAGGAAGAAAGAAUUAGAAGAAGCCGAGAAAAAGCGAAAAGAAGAGGAAAUGAAAAGGAAAAGAGAAGAGCAAACGGAGAAUCUAUCACCUGAAGAAGAGGCGAGAAGAAAUCCCGCUAAUUGGCCUAUGUUUAUAUAUUCUAUUGAUCCAGGCGAUCUAGAUAUACCGAUCGGUUGUGUCUUCCGGGCCAUGCAAGAUUCACUUUCAAGGGAAGAUAUUGAAAUUGAAAAACUUAAUCAAAAAGAUGACACCCUAAAAUUAAAUGAAAAUGAAGAACUUGUGGGCCACAUUAUACAACUCAGGUUUACUAAAGACGAUGUCCCACCUCCAGAAGAACCAUAUGCAAUAGCUUUGGCUCACGUUGCGCCAAAAAACCCAACAAGGGAAGUUGUUAUAAAGUCAUUAGACGAAACGACUAAUAAAUGGGUCGAGCUACCAACUAAUGACGUUCAAUUUGAAGAUAUUAAAGAAUACAGAUUUGUCGAGGCAAGAUUGAAAAAUUUGACGAAUUUAGUUGUUGUGACGAAGUUGAAAAGAGAACGUUUCAUAACGACUAAAAAGGGGGGGAAAUUAUAUUCGACUGUCGAUCCCAGAAUCAGUUUGUCAAUUGGCGCCGGUUUGUUUAAAGUCAAUACAAAUAUCGAACUGGAGGUACAACCAGUUGAUUUAGGCCUAAUCAGCGAACUUCGAUUCAAAUAUGAAAGUUGCUCUAACCUUUUGGCCAGUAGUCCAAUAGUUAACUUCUCUCUGUUAAGUAAAAAAUUGUCUAAGCCGAUAUUGGUUGGCGUACCUGUUCACCCAAAUCAUUCAAAGCCAAAAAGACCACAAACCGCUGUUACCAAUGAAAAAGAGAGAAAUACCAAAGCUAGACCCUCCUCUGCAGCUGUUUUACUUUCUACCGAAGAAGAAAAUGAAGAUCUCUUACAUUUAUUAUCGUUUUCAAAUGGUUGUUGGCAAAGCGAACAUGUUGCGUUGAGUCAACCGAAAAAUAAAGACAUUGUAACCUUUGAGAUUAAAGAGACAGUUUUUAAAUUUCUCAUACUAAGAACAAAACGAGGUCACACUGACGUGGAACGCAUAGCACAUACUUUGGAAAAGACAUUGGGUCAAAAAUCAGCCCAAUUAAUUAUCAGACAGAGUAAUGAAAACCUAAAUGAAUUAAUUGUGCAAUGCAUAAACAGCGUGAGCUCAAAGAGAAUAUUAAACAAGUUGAUCGACGAAGGGUAUGAGACAGGUCCCGACCCCAGUAAUGAUUUAAUAAUGAAAGAAGGAGAUGUAAUACGUUUAGGUUUCAGAGGUAACAUAGAACCAGAAGAAAGUUUCGACAACUAUCUGGUUUACAAUAGUCAAAUAAGGGCUAAGUUAAAUUUUCUUGUUACCGAAAUCGACAAAUUUGCUCAAAAGAGUAUCGACUGCUAUAGAGGUUUUGUCCAAUUUUACAGUAAAAAAUUGGUGAAAAAAGCAUUAAACCAGGAAUCAAAAGAUUCUAGUGGAAGGCCAAAGAAUAUUGUCAAAUACGAAGAAGUUGAAGAAGAGGUUUUAUUGGCUGAGUUGCUUGUUAAACUACCUAAGCCAGAUCCUGGACCGCCAAAACCCUUGAAUAAAGCCCCUGUUGGUUUGAAAGCGGAAGGACAUGAUGUCAUUGAUCUCGAAUAUUUGAAGCAUCUGUCAGAAGAAUUAGGCGAAGAGUGGAAGAAAUUAGCAAGUUACCUAAAUGUUAAAAAAGUAAGAAUUCAAGCCAUAAUGCGUAACAAUAUAAACUCGGAGUCAGAAAAUGCUGUUUAUGAUAUGCUCGUGACCUGGGCCAAAAAAGUACCUCGUUCAGUCAACAAAGUAGACGUUCUUUGUACGUCUUUAUUAAGAAUUGGUCGAGCUGAUCUAGUUGAAGAACUCAAAGAUCGAGAUAGCGAUUUUAGAAUAGAGAGAGCUAAAAGUGCUCGCACUUCUAUUCGGCACAAAGCUUUCCUGAAGGUCGCCAAAAAUGGUGAAGUGGCCAAAUCUUGGAAGAAAUUGGCAAAGCAUUUGGGCCUAUCAGACAGUGAGAUAUCGAAUAUCGAUACCUCAUCGGAAGGUAACAGGGAAAAGUGUUUGCAAGCCCUAAAUGCUUGGCAUGAAAAAAAGGGAAGUGAAGAGGCGACUAUCUCCUACUUAGCUAACCAAUUAAAGAGAUGUAGAUUUCGUCUAGUUGCAGACGAAAUUCAAGCGAUAAAGUAA